UGCGUCUUAACGCACCGACAGUGAAACUAUAAUAAUAUAAACUGUAUAAUGUAUGUGUAAAAUAAUGUGUGUCGGUGUGUGUGUGUCGGAACAAACGCUUAGGAUGUGAAACAUGUCGGGAUGGGUGCGUCGCGUGCGGACCAACCACGCGAUCACACGACUCCUGUUGCUGGUGCUUUGUGUCAGAAGCGGCGCCGCCGCCCGCGCGGUGCCGGCCGGCGGGCUGGGCGCGCGGCUGCUGUGCGCGCGCGGGCUCACGGAGCGCCAGCGCGCGCUGUGCCACGCCGCGCCCGCGCACGUCGCGCAGCUCGGCAUCGGACUCAGCAUGGCGUACGCCGAGUGCCGGUCUCAGCUGAGCGGCCGCCGCUGGAACUGCUCGGGCGUGGGGGACCACAACUACUUCGGGCACGUCAUGCCCAAAGCGACACGCGAAGCGGCGUUCACAUACGCGAUCACGGCGGCGGGCGCGACGCAUGCGCUGAGCGCGGCGUGCGCGCGCGGCGACCUGCCCGGCUGUGGCUGCUCUUCCAAUAGGCUAUCCCCGAGUCGUCGUCGCGGCGCGGCCUCGCUGACCGCCGUGACCACCUCCCCCGGCGCCGAGCAGUUCCAGUGGGGCGGCUGCGGGGAGGUGGCGCUCGGCGCGCGGUUCGCCAGGAAGUUCCUGGACGCGCGCGAGCUGGAGGCGGACGCCAGGAGCCUGAUGAACUUGCACAACAACCGCGUGGGCCGGAAGUUGGUGAAAGACCUGAUCCGGCAAGAGUGCAAAUGCCACGGCGUGUCGGGUUCGUGCACCGUGCAGACGUGCUGGCGCGCGCUGCCCCCCUUCAGGGCGGUCGCGGCUGCCCUCAAGGAGAAGUACAGGAAAGCCAAGCUGGUGGUGCCCAGGACGGACGGGCUGGCGCUGGGGUUGGGGAAGACGCAGUUCUUUAUUAAAAGAAGACAUCCCGAGAAGUCAGAGCGCCAGCCGCGCCGCUCCGAGCUGGUGUACUUGGAGCCCUCGCCGUCGUACUGCGAGCCCGACGCGGCCAGCGGCGCGCCCGGCACCCACGGGAGACACUGCAACCGCACCUCUAGAGGAGAAGACGGCUGCGAGAGCCUGUGCUGCGGGCGCGGCUACAGCACGGCGCGCGCGGUGGCGCGGCAGCAGUGCCGCUGCCGCUUCCACUGGUGCUGCCGCGUCAGCUGCGACACCUGUCUCGUGCGGACCGACACACACAUCUGCAAGUGA